GGUUCAUUUGAACUGGCAGGACUCGGCUUAUUGGACGCUCAAAGGAGGAGCUGAGACCGGAGACGCUCCUAUAGUGGCUGGAGAACCGUGAGAACCAGCAGUCCACGCACGAAGAGAGGCGGUCUGCCUGUUUCGGCCCCCCACCCCGAAGGAAGGAGGCAGCCCACUUUUUUUUUUUCCAGAAAUGUAUAGGCUGGCACACGAGCCCCUGGCCCGUACGAUGCCCCCUCCGCUGCGAGUCGCCUGAAAUUGGACAGCAUGCCCGUACCUUGCUGAAGUGUUUCCAAUUCGUUUCGUCCUCUCAGAACUUACUUUAUGGAGUAACGGCCAUCCAGCAGGCGAGCGAUGCUCAUGGCGCAAACCUGAGGUCCGCUGGCAACCCCCUCACAACUUUGGCGCCCCCCUUCCUUCCUUCAUGGCAGCCUGCAGGUAGACGGAAGCUUCAGAGCAGGGCUCGCAUUUUUUGUUUCAGGGACCUGAUCGUUUCAUCCACCUUUCAAAACCAGGGGCUGCGGAAAGUCGGCGGCGCAAGGCAGGAGCCCCCCAUCCACGGGGUACGGGACCACCGAAUUAACCUUCAAGCAUGUUUGAUAACACGCAGUAUCCCUACAACUGCUUCAAUUAUGACGGAGAGGAGUAUCCCACCUGCAGCUCCGACGAGGAGAAGAAGAUCUCCAGACCUGCGUACAGCUACAUCGCCCUCAUUGCCAUGGCCAUCCAGCAGAGUCCCGGCCAGAAGGUCACCCUGUCAGGCAUUUAUGACUUCAUUAUGAAGAAGUUUCCGUACUACAGAUCCAACCAGAGAGCCUGGCAGAACUCCAUCCGCCACAACCUGUCCCUGAACAGCUGCUUUGUGAAGGUCCCAAGAACAGAAGGGAACGACAAAGGCAAAGGCAACUACUGGACGUUUGCCAGCGGCUGUGAGUCCAUGCUGGACUUGUUUGAAAACGGAAACUUCCGGAGGAGGCGUAGGCGGCGGAACGUGAAGUCUGCAUUCCGGGACCACAUUGAGCCAAGCGAGGAUCUCCAGACCCUGGAUGUGCCCCCUUCAAGCGGGAUUUUGCAGCGUGGUGCGCCCAGUGACAGCAAGCAGGGGUCCGCAAUCAGCUCCCACUCGUCGGACAUUUUAUUCUCCGGUAACAGCCGCACGGUAGGCCAGACGGAAUCUGAAAUUAAGUUCAGCAUCGACUACAUCUUGUCCGCUCCAGACCCCUCACCAGGGCUGAGGCCCACCUGCAGUGGGGUGGUCGGCAGAGUUUAUCUCUUAGAGCCCCAGAUCAAUCUCCAGCUGUGGGCGAUGUAACUGGGAGAGCCUGAUGCAGCAGGGGGCUCGUGUUCUUCUUCUGCUCUACGUUUGCCAUCCUGUGGCUCGAGCGCAGUUUGUCAUCAAGGGGACUGGCGUUUUAUUUAAAUGUGCCACCUAAGGGGCCCACCCACCUGCACUGCCCACAAAUUGCAUGAGUUACAACAAAGCACCAAAACUUGUUUUAUUUCUCCACUAGAAGUUGGUUUCAGGUGGUCCCAGCGCUACAUCUCCGAAGCUCACAGACUGAAUCUUCAUUUCAUACAUCACAGUAAAGACCACCCAGCGGAUGAGGAAGCCAAGGUGGAGUAACGGGCCUGGCGAUUAAACGGUAAACGAGAGAACGUCCCGGUGCACCUCGUCCUCCCACCGGCACCUAGUCCAAUGGAUGUUGACGGCCCAAAUGUCCACCCUGGUGCUACUCAGUGUUACGCAAGGAAAGUUUGAAACGUGUCUGUGUUGAGAUCAGUAGCUAUUAUGCAGUUAAAACGCCGUUUUUUAUUGUCACUUCAUACAUUUGUAUAUUGCAUCAAGUCUAUAUUAAAGUGAGCACACACUGUA